AUGUUUUCUUAUUCUGUUCCUAUGAUUAGGUAUCUAAUUACAGAAAUGGUUUAUGAUUUUCAACCAAGCAAGGAACUUGAACAGAAGUGGGAAAUUGCUUUAAAUAAUCAAAUUCCAAUGUAUUUUUACCUUAACGAGGAUGAUAGAAAUGUUUAUGUAAUAGCAGAAUCAAAUACCUGCUUUUAUCGCUUUGAACUGUUUAAAUGGCCAACAAAAAUUGAUCACCUUAUUUUUGCUCGUCACUGUUUUGAAUUACUCUCUCAUUGCCAUUUUGAUGAAAUUAUUUUUGAAAGAAUUGUGUUUAAUCCACAAAUAUUUAAUUUAAUUUUUGAUGAUCUACCAAUCAAAUUAAAUUGCAAUAUUGCUAGACUGUUGCUGAAUAAUAUAGAUUAUGACAAUCAAGCGUUGGAAGUUGUUAAAAAUAAUUUGGUAAUUUCCAAAAUGCUAAGUUUUCGAUUUAUUUGGGCAGCUUUUACAACUUUAUAUGAGGUUGAUAAAUACAUUUUUUUGAAUUUUUUGUUGAAUGGAGGCGCUAAUAUCCCUCUUGCUUCUAUUUAUUAUAUUGGAUCUGCUAUUGAACUUCACAAGGAAGUUAUUAAGUUUGCCGAGACUUCAUCAGAUUGUUCUAAAAUGGUGAAUAGCAUUGAAUUUCAACGACUUGAAUGGUCUAUGCCAAAAUUUAGUUCAAGAGUUAAACUAAUUAGACAAAAAGAAUAUAUUAAAGGAGAGAAUCAACACAUUUUUUUAAAAUACGAAACUUCAAAUGUGCAUAAUUCAAAUUUGGUUUUUUAUAUUUUUAUUUGGAAAGAAGUCAAAGCUGAAACAAUACACCGUUUUAGAAUACAAAAAUUUAUUCGGGCUUCUAUUGAAAAAUAG